CCGCCUGCGCUGUCGCGGACCUCGACAUCCACCUCUCUAAAUCCAAAAAGAUCUACAAUUUCUUCAUUUUUCGACUGCCGACGGGCGGCAACCCACACCUCGCACGUCUCUCCCUCACUUGCAUUCACGUCGGUCACUUCCCGUACGACUCCCACCACUACUCUGUCCUCGAGGUGAUCCACCUCCACCACGUCACCAUCUCCGACGAAAGCCUCCUCAACUUGGUCGCCGCAUGCCCCCUCCUCCGCACCCUUGACAUACGCUACUGCGAGCUGCGCUGCGCCUACCUCAUGGGAGCCGGGGCUAGGCUGAAGAACGUCACUGUUGCGGAGUGUAAACUGCUCACCGACGUUUUCCUCGGCAAUUUAUCCAGCCUCCGCUCCUUCCGUUACAGUGGCUGCUACAUGGCCGCCGACGAAAUCCCUACCAGCUCUGCCAUUGACGACCUUUACAUCUGCUUUGGGGGACCUGCCUGCCGUUGGCUGAGAUCGCGGUGCACCAUAUACGAUGCACGCGGGAGACUCUGCAAGUUCCGGGGAUGUUGGCUUGGUACACUCAUAAGCCUCUCUAAUCUCACCGUGCUUACCGUCUGCAGCAGUGCCUUGCGGAGAGUUUCUGCCAAGGCUCGUGCCAGAUCAAUCGCUGGAAAUGCUGCCUCAUGCAAAUUACAGAAUCUCAGAGAGGUGCAGCUGCUGAUGUUUGCCAUGUACAACGAAAAUUUUAAUGACAUUAUGGCUUUCCUAACGACCUGCUGCACCCUUCGAUUGGAGAGACUAUUUGUGCAGCUUCCAACAAGGAGUUAUCAAUAUAAGCCAUACGAAGAGCCAUCAGAAUCAGAGGAAGAGCUGUCUGAGGCUGAAACAUCAGAAGAAGAUCUGUCCAAGGGAGAAGAGUCCGAGGAAGAUCAAUCAGAGCAAUAUGAAUCAGAGGAAGAUCACGCAAACGGAGAUGAAUCAGAUGAAGAUGGUUCAGAGGAAGAUCACUCGCAAGAAGACCACUCAGAGGAAGAUCACUCACAAGAAGACGACUCAGAGGAAGAUCACCCACAAGAAGCCGACUCAGAGGAAGAUCACUCACAAGAAGGCGACUCGGAAGAAAAUCACUCACAAGAAGAUGACUCGGAGGAAGAUCACUCACAAGAAGGCGACUCAGAGGCAAAUCACUCCCAAGAAGACGAAUCUGAGGAAGAUCAACCAAAGGAAAACAGGUCAGAGGAACAAGGGUUUGCGGAAGGUCAAUCAAAGGAAGAUGGGUCAAAGAGAGAGUUCUCUGAUGGAGGACAACCAUUAGAUGAGCCACAGAAUGGCUGUGAAAACCUUAUGUUGCUCAAGAUGACGAAUUUCAUGGGUCAUCACAAUGAAAUGCGGCUAGUAAGCUUUGUGUUGAAGAAGUCUGCUUGUCUCAACCAAUUGAUGUUGUUUACUCCUGAAAGUGAUUACCCAGGAGGGCCCCAAAAGGAUCAUCUGAAUACAUCCGAUUUUCUUCAAACAAAACUACUGCCCCUCGAAAAGUCCUCUCCAAAUGCCCAGAUAAUCCUCAGCGAGCCUGAUGCUGCUGCAAUCAAGCCGCUGCAUUCAGAGACAUUUGUCAAGGUUUAGUUGUUUGUCAAUGGUGAAUUUUGAUCAUAUAAUCUUAGAUAACAAUGGAUAGUAACUUUUAGAUAAGAUGAAGUGCCAGCUAAUUGGCAAGAGUCGUAGGAUUAUCUAGUUUUUGUGGUCCACGAUAGAUGAAGGACGAUGGAGUAUUCUGUCCAGGGAUCCUGGCUUUAUGUUGAGUUUCUUAAUUAAGACUAUUUCAAAUAUCAUGUUUACUGUCCA